UCGAUACCUUCAUUCCCGCUGUGACAUCGAAUGACUAUGGAGGCGGAGACGUUUUAUUAGGCUGGUGGUAGUGGGGGAAUAUCUUACCACCACUCCUUCGAAUCCUCUUCCUCCACAGGAUCCGUUGGACAAAUCCAUGAAUCAACCCCCAGGAAAACACAUGGCUUCUCCUUCGACUACCCCUUCGCAGAUAGUACGCCAUCACAUGCCCCUUCAGCCAUCUUCUGCCACCUCGAGUGGCUUGUGCGAGAGUUGGACGAUGAAGCGAAGGGUAGCUGGGCGCAGCUGGAGCUGGAAUUGGAACUAGCACUCAGUCCAUCGGCGCGCCUUUGCACGUGGCAUCAGACGAUUCACAACAUAGCUUAUAAUAGGGGUUGUUCUCCCUUCCACUGCUUACCUGCGUCUUGGAGCAGGCCCUCUGCUCAUAUACCGAAACGUUCUCCUUCGAGUCAAUCCUCCUCUCAUCCUUCACCGCCGCCUACAAUGAGCACCUCAACACAAUCUUUGCAGUCGCUCAAAGAAAUUCUCAUGGACGUUGAACAGCGUGUUGCACAAUGUUGCCAGCUUGACGAGAAAUAUCAAGAUUCAGAGGAUAGGAUAGAAUUCUCUGUGAGAUCGGAUGAUGUUGAGAAUGUGAUAGAUUUCCUGGAAGAGAUCCCUCAAUCUCGUGUCUUACGGGUCAAUUACGACAUCGUAACUCCUGAAGCUCGUUUCUCUGUCAGAGUUGCAAUGCCCAGUCUACUCUACGACAUGACUGCGACUGGUUGGGCGGAGCUCAACCGAAAGAUCCUAUCUAUCAGCUUCCCAGCAAUGAACUAUCCUCAAAUCUUCACGUCUUCACUCCAGACCACAUAUCCUGGUCAAAACGGCGGCAAGUCUGCUGACACGAACAUUAUGCCCCGUGCACGAUUCGAAGUAGGAGCGUCGCGCUAUCCGAGCGUUGUACUGGAGGUCGGAUAUUCCGAAACGCAUGCGAAACUGGUCAGAGACGUCGAACAAUGGCUCUCCCAGUCCCCUGAAAUCCUCACGGUCUUUUGCGUCAAAUUUAAAAAGAACACUGUCCCACUUCGGGGUAUCCUACAGAUUUGGAAGCGGUCGAAUGCUACAAAUGAGCCGGGAGUGCGGUGCCAACUUGACUUUAACCUAGGCAUGAUUGACGAGGAAGGGUACUGCGAUGGCCUAGCAAGUCAACUUCGACUUUACACUCACGAUUACUUGAUGGACAGUUUUACCGCCGGGGAUGCCAUUAUUAACUACGGUCUCAGGAAUUUACAGCCUGUGGUUGUUGAUGAAAUGGACGAAGCGGGACUAAUUGACAAGCAGCUGAAAAUCCCGUCGGACCCUCUCAAACGCUGGCUGCACGAUCUCAAAAUGGCUGUUGAAAUGAACAGCGGUGGUCUCCUGGACUUUAACUUCAGGGGAUUUGGACUUGCACCUCCCACACAUGUGCAGACUGGUGUGGGGCUGAGGACUGGAGACUUUGAAUGAUUGUGGAGGCGAUUGGUUGCGGGCAAGCGUUUGCAGAUCACCAUCCCGGCUUCCCUACCCCACCUCCACCCUCGUUGCUUCUGAAUUCAUUUUCCCGAGGUCUGAAGUCCAGUUCUCGCUUGCUCCUAGUCCCUCAGUAGUUCUCGCUCGUCCCCAGUCUCUUAGUAAUUCCGUCUUCCCGAUUUCCUCCCGGCGCCUCCUUAUUUAGACAGACACCUCUGGUACCAGCUUCGUCGUCUCUUUCCCCAACUCCUGAUCCUUUGGACCUCUACGUCAAGCUCAGGGUUAGCCAACCGAAACCUCAACACUGUCCACGUUCUUGUCGCUGGUGGUAGUAGCUGGCAGUAGGAUUGGUUCAUGUAUAGCUUCGUUUACAUUUUUUCAGUGACUGAAAUGUCAUCCGUCUUAUCGUGUCAU